AACCAAGGCUUCUGCCACGACGACAACUUCAACCCCCCACACUCCUUUCGGUCGAAACCUCUUCGCCAGGCAGCCAUCUCGUGCCCUCGAUCUGCCCGCCAUGUUUUUCGCCUCCGUCGCCAAGCUGCUCCUCGCAGCUGGCCUCUUCCAGUCCGCCCUCGGCCACAACAUCCAGCUCCCCGCCCACGGCCGCGAGUGCUUCCACGAGUCUCUGCGUCGCGAUGACAAGAUGACCGUCACCUUCCAGGUCGGCGACCGCGAGUUUGGCAGCGCCGGCAACCUCGACAUCAACUUCUGGAUCCAGAACCCCAGGGGCCAGUACGAGACCCAGCAGAAUGGCAUCUCCAACGGCGACUACACUUUUGACGCGAAACACGACGGAAAGUACACCUACUGCUUCGGAAACGAGCACUGGGGUGCCCACACCAAGGAAGUCUCCUUCAACGUUCACGGCAUCGUCUAUGUCAGCGAAUCCGAUGUGCCCAGCGAUCCGCUCGAGAAGGAAGUCCGCAAAAUGUCCGAGCUCCUUGCCCAGGUCAAGGAUGAGCAAUCUUACAUCGUUAUCCGCGAGCGCACGCACCGCAACACUGCCGAGAGCACCAACAGCCGUGUCAAGUGGUGGAACUUGUUCGUCAUCACUCUUGUCGUGGGCGAGGCGGGUUUCCAGGUCUGGUGGUUGCGGAGGUUCUUCGAGGUGAAGAGGUUGGUGUAAUGUGAGCAGAAGUGGAGUUCUCGAAACAGGGUAGUCUUUUAUCUCUACUCAACUGCUCCUCAAUGGAGCUACGAUGGCGUACGACUGGGUUGGGGGAUUUGCAUGCCAUGAAAAAGGCUGGGUCUGGGCCGAAAUGCUUGGAAGGAGCGUGUAUAACGGUUUCGAUGCGCCAUGGUCAACAUCUGACUCUAUUCACUUGC